GGCUCCCAAAGUGACACUCAUCGUGACGUUUAAUCGAACCACGAUUAGCUGCUGCACGGGGAGCGGACGGAGCUGCACUCGCGGGAAAACAUGGCGGAAACGUGCUGUGUUUUCUUGUUAGCAACAUCAUCGAGCGCAAAAACCGCGUGAGAACCGCGUGAGCACCGGAUACAUCGAUUCUCUGUUGUUCUUCACCUGUGGUCACAUGAUGCACAGCCCUGCUGACGCUGAAGACCCCGCCCUCUACUUCUGUAACUACUGCACUGGCAUCUUUCAAUCACAGGCCUCCAUCUAUGGACACUUGAGGCAGGUGCAUCAUAUCAGUGAUGAAACUGAAGUGAGUGAUGCUGAUUCUCAACAGACACACACUCACAACAGCAGCUUCUCAUGUCAGUGCUGUGAUUUCAAAACCCAUCAUUGUGACUCUUUAAAGAAACACGAGAAACAGUGCAAUAAAAAGUCUAAAGAUCAAACUGUGAUGGGAAAAAAUAUUGUUCCUGAAAUGCAGCAAAGGAAAAUGGGUGCAGUCAUCUCUACCUCCAGCACGAGCUCAGUUACUGUAUCGAAGACUCUGAAGAAGUACAAGGUGCCGUCACAAACACAAAGUGUCUCUAAAUUCUUUUCUCCAGCUUUUGAAUCAGAGGUAAAAACAUCAGUGACAUUAGCCGAGAGCUCCGAAAACUCUAAAGGAACUUUGAUUCUGCAAGAAUCCCCGUCCAGUCUCAACAGCAAUGGUGUGUUCAAAGUCACUGCAAAGUCCAUCAUUGACAUCAACAAACCCCCCAGCUCCCACCGCUUCCUGCUUAAUGAUGACCUUCUUACCACUGAACUGAGAUCAGCCACGCCUAACGACCAUUUCAAAGAGACCGCUCCUGGAAAGAGUAGCGGGAAGAGGAGCUGCAGCGAGUCCCCUGAGAAUUGUACGACUAAAAAAGCAAAGUCGCACAAGGAUGAACCGGAUCCUGUCGUGUAUAAACUACCAACGCCGAGUGGCACAGACUUUUUGUUUGAAAUGAGUGAAGAUGAAGAAGAAAAUAAAGCGAGUGUUGUGGAUGGAGACACAAACAUUUAUGAGUGUAAACACUGUGACUACAGUGAUGAUGACAUUGGACGGACAGCAGCCCAUUACCAGAGUUACCACCCGUACGUACGUCACAAUGCCGUCUAUGUUCAGGACUCGAGGGAUCGCAGUGCCACCUUUCGCUGUCUUGAGUGUCCUGUGGAGUUUUCAAGUGAAACUGACCUCAAGAGACACUACAGAGAAGAGCAUUCAGAGGCCCCUGAAGUAUUCACAAUGCGUUCACACUUGCUGGUUCUCAAAUGUUUUGUGUGUCAACUCACCACUGAUGAAGUAAACAUCCUGAAGGAACAUUACAAGGAGAAACAUCCGGAACAUAAUCUGGAUAAUUCCCUUCUGUUCUGCAGAUACUCGGCAACAUCACAGGUGAAAACAGGCACAAAUGAGCAUGACACCAAAAGAUCCGAAGAGAUUUCUCCCAAAAAUACCAAAACUCAACAUGAGGAAAUCAGAAUGUCCCCCUCACCCCUAAGCCCCAUGCCCAGAGGAGCAGACGAGGUUUUGUAUCAUUGCUACAAUUGCACAUUUCAUCACAAAUCGGCUGUUGCUGUGCAUGUCCACUAUCAGAAAAACCAUCCAGACGAGGCUGUCACUAUCGACAAAAUCAAACAGUCAUCACAUCACAUUUCACAGAUGCGCCCCGGGCCAUCAGUGAGAGCAGCGGAAAACUCCACACCUCAGAAAACCGCAGUGGAAUCUUCCACUAAAGACAAAGUUGUACUCUCGCAGCAGAAAGUUUUAAUGUCCCUGAUGAAACUCAAGCACACGUUGGUCAUUUCUAAGACUUCAGAGACUUCCAGAAGUGAGGGAGUCACAUCUGCACUGGAAGAAAAUGUGAAGAAAAAAGAGAAGCCACUGCUCAAAAGUGACCAACCACUGUCCACAGGAACCAAUGCUUCUGUCUCCAGUUCAGCAGAUAAAGUGUUUUACUGCCAGGUCUGCAGUUACUCCAACACCAAUAUCAAGAGUGUUGUGGCUCAUCAUAACACAAAACACGUCAUGUAUGGACCCACGGGUAUGGAGGAGGUGCUAUGGCACAAUACCAAGAUGCAGAAGAAGAAACUGCAGCGAGAUACUGAGGCAUCGGGAACCUCUCCUUCCAAAUCUGUGAUGAGACAGCAACUGACAGCAUGCACUAAAAAGAAAGAGGUUUUAAACCCAUAUGAAUGUGCAGAAAACUUGUUCUACUGUCAGAACUGCAACUUUGGAAAUCCAACUCUUAAAGGAGUCCUGAACCAUCAGAUCAUUGUCCACAAGCAUAUCAACACCAGUCGCAAACAUGUCAUCAAAUACACCACUGUGAUUCGCAAGCAAAUCCAAAAAUCAAAGUCAGAAUCUAAAGAGCCGUCUUCUGGUCUUCCUCUUCCUUUGAUGAGCAAAGGCGACGAAGACCGACUAUUCUGCCAUCUUUGCAACUACAGACACAAAACCAUGUCUAAUGUUAUGACGCACUAUUUUAAGCGACAUCCUGGUUUUGUAAUGAACGCAGAACAGAUCAAAGAAUACAGCAUCACACUUGUCAGUCAAACGCAGACAGCUCAGCCCAAAGGAGCAAAUCCUGCAUCUUGUCAGGACAUGGGAAACAAAAAGAAGAACAUGAAAACGCUGGGAAAAGACUCAUCAGUGUCGACUGUGAGAGUGGAGGUGCCGCAGAAGAGCAUUCAGUGCUACAGAUGUACAUUCAGCUGUCAGCAGGUGUAUCUGCUGAGGAGGCAUAUGUGGAAUAUUCAUCGUUCAAACCGCUCAGCCAUAGAUCUGCUGAGAACGUGUUUCAGGAAAGGAAUGAUCGAAUCAGGCUAUCACUGUGACACGUGCAUGUUCUCCGACACAGAUGCAGCUGUCGUUCACAAACACUACCAGGAGCAGCAUGCCAACCGGAAACUGACACUCGACAACAUCACCACCAGGUUAUACGUCGGCCCUGACCAGAGAUUAAAGCUGCAGACAAAGGCCGCUGCUGGUGUUACUGACAAUGACUGUGGGUCCCAAAGAGUUGGACACGACGAAACCAAUACUUUUGCAUGCAGAGCAUGCUCUUUUAAAGGCGACUCCAUGUUGAGCAUCAUGCGCCACUGUCGCACUGUUCAUCCCUGGUUUGUAAAAGAUGAUGGCUCAGUCCCAAAAGUCAUUACCAGUAAGAAACUUGCUGCCAAUAGCCAUGUUACAGAUGAGCACGACACAACAGCCUCUUUUGACACCUAUCAGGUCCCACUGGAGUUUGAAACUCUGUCUGUUUCCUCUCAGGAAGCAACCGAAACUGUAAAGUGCCCACAUUGUGCUGCAGAGUUCACAAGCCAGCGUGGUCUCAAUACUCACUGUGGCCUCAAACACAAAGACACGGUGGUGAGAAACACAAUGCAAGUGCACAUCUUCAAGUGUCCUUACUGUACCUAUGUCAACACCAUUCAUCAUGGGGUCCUGACCCACUGUCAGAUGAGACAUCCAACCUCCGAGUCCCGGUCCAACAGUGUCCAUGUGGACAAAGUUUACUUCAGCAGCUGGGAGAACUGUAAUGGAAAAUCUCCAGGCGACAGUGCGAGGUUUAAAGGCUACAUGUGUAAACGUUGCCCGCUGAUCUGUGCGACGCCAGAAAAGCUGAAGAAACACAUGAAGAGCAAACAGUGUGUGGCCCUCACCAAUUCACACAAAGCUACUGUUCAGCUUUCUGCUGCAAGAAAAUUCCCACCUUCUGCUGCCCUCAGGUACGUGUCAAAAACGUCAUUUCUGGCCAAGAAGAAAUAUUCCAAGGUGAAUUGUCAGCACUGUGACUACACCUGCAGCACAAAGAUUGCACUGAGUCGUCACCUGCAUGUUCACCACAGGGAGGAGCGUGUGUUUCUGUGCACCCUGUGCUCCUGCUCCUACAACAGCAAGAAGCAACUGGGAAGCCAUUACACCAAGUCACACGGGAAGGAUGCUUUUCCGGCACACAAACAGGUCACAGAACCAACGCUCAAUUCUACAGGCUGUCCUUUGGCUCAGCAAAUGCGACACACAUCUAAGGCUGCAAUGAUGGACAAUAGUAAAAUCUCAGUUUACAAGUGUCCGCGCUGUCCAUACGUACACACCAGCUACCAUGGGACACUGACUCACUGCCAGAUGAAGCAUCCAACACUCAUCGCUCGAGCCGAUGCACUGACCACGGAGGAAGUCCUGGUGAGCAACAUGGUGAAGUGUACAAUGGGAAAAGGUUCAAUGGGAAGACGAGGCUACAUGUGUCGCAAAUGUCCGCAAAUUCACGCAUCACUGCCCAAACUGAAAAGUCACAAUCAUAAGCAUCACAGUUUGCACACAACCACUAAACCUUCAGCCCGGAACAAGACGAAAACAUCGCCCCAGCGGGGCGCCACAGAGUCUGAAGCUGCAUCAGCUGACCUCAGGCACCAACAUGCCGCUCCACUGUCAUGCCAUGGGAAGGAAAUGCUCUACAAGUGUCACAUGUGUGGCUACACCGGACUGUGUCGCAAAUACCUGCAGAGUCAUUACAGAAACAAGCACAAGCUGGAUGCAGUGAGCACGUCCAAACUGCUAGAGAAGUACAACAAAUACAAAUUCCAGCUGCCCAAGGCGUCCUGUGAUAACAGAGCACUGGUCAAAUGUAAGGUGUGUCCAGACAUGGCGUUUGACUCCACUCAGCUGCUCGUCACUCACUACAGCACAUUUCACGACUGGAAACUUGACUUUAGGGUCGUGUCACGUACGUCGAAGAGGAGCACAGGUGUGUACAGGUGCUGUCACUGCAGGAAACGCAUCAAUGGAAUCAGGAAGUUGUGUUUGCAUCUAGAUCGCCACAGAGUCUGGAAGAAGAAGAAAGCAGCUGUUGUCAUGAAUACGGCAACACUAGAGAUCACGUCCAGUGAAGUUAAUGAGGAGAGCGAUGCGCCUGUGUUCCAGUCGGUGACACCAAUGAAAUCCUUUACUCUGCAAACCAGUCCUCGUCCAGAGCUGCCAGAGUCAGAGCUGCCAGAGUCAGAGUGUGAUGCACCAGAACACAAACACACAUGUGGACAGUGUGGACGUUCCUUCAUGUCUCUGAAAGGUCUGCGUUCACACGAACGCAGCCAUGCUGCUGUGGCUGCCAUCCAGAAACUGGACCAUGUGACUUUGUCGGCCCUGAAGCAAAAUGUAAACGAGUAUGUUGUCUUUAAAUGUGGGACGCUGCGACCGUUCCUCUGCAGCUUGUGCUCGUAUCGAACGACAGUGUUGGGUCUUUGGAGAAGUCACUUUCUGAAGAAACAUCUCGACGUUAUCGUGGAUGUUGUGGUGGCAGACGACCAUAAAGAGGAGCUGACCGACCAGGAUCCUGAUGUUUCAGAGGAAAAUGAGGACGAACCUGAAGCUGAGGAUGAUUCCAACACUGAAAAGCCUCUGUACCUGGAGCCUCCAGAUGUUCAGCGGCAGCUGGACCACUACAGCGCAGUCGCACAGACGGCUGACGCCUGUAAAGGGAAUGUGACUGUGAACAAUCUGUUGCAUUGCGAGUUUUGCAACUUCAACACGGGUCACAUGUCGAGUGUUCGCCGUCAUUACUUAAACCGCCAUGGGAAGAAGAUCCUUCGCUGUAAGAACUGUGAUUUCUUCACAAGUUUCAGAAAAAACCUAGAGGUUCACAUGGAGAGUGGUCACAUGACCCGCCGCUCGGAGUCCUCACUGCUUCGUUGUCCAUUUUGUCUUUACCAAACCAAUAAGAAGAAUCACAUGAUUGACCAUGUUGAUCUGCACCGUGACGAGCGCGUGGUUCCCGUUGAGGUGCGACGUCCAAAGCUGUCACGUUACCUUCAGGGCGUGGUCUUCCGCUGUCACAGAUGCACUUUCAGCUGUGGCAACAGCGACAGUCUGCGAGCGCACAUGAAGAGACAUGAUGAUGUCAGACCCUACAGGUGUCGACUGUGCUACUAUGACUGCACUCUGCUCAGCCACCUGGAGGCGCACCUGUGCCACAAGCACCAGAUUGUGAGGAAUCAUGAGCUUGUGGGUCAGGUGAUGUUGGAUCAGUUGGAGGCGGGGCUUAGCAGGUCAGAUGAGGAGGAGGAGUCAUUGUCAAACAAAGUCACGGUUCCUUCAGACACUGAUGACCCCGUGACCUUAGCAGGAAUCAAGAAGAUAAAGUGCAUUCAUGUCAAACAUGAAGAACGUGUAUCGUCACCUGACACAGAACAAGUGCAUGGUGGGAAUGUUGCAGAUGUCCAGUGUGAUGAAAGAGAGACAAGUGGCGAGGACUGCAGCGUGUUCCCUCUGCAGACAGAGGGGGCAGCAGAGAGCAGUGAGGAGGCCACAGAUGUGUACAGAGAAAUGCCUGUGCUGGAGAACGAGCUCCUGAAGGAGGCGCCACUUCCUCUGCAACAAUUCAAAGAAGACAAGGAGAAAGAUGAAGGGAUCAUUGAAGAUGACAAUAACCACACACAGGGGGACGGAGAUGACAAUUCAGAUCAUUCACGUCUUCACACAUGUGCAAAAAACCCGGAGCCUUUAAUUUGUGCCUUGUGUGGACGGAAGCUGACGAGCAGCAGAGAACUGAAGCGUCACGUGAUGAGACACGGAAUCUGACGAGCAGCAGAGAACUGAAGCGUCACGUGAUGAGACACGGAAUCUGAGCUCAAUAUUGUUUACAAAUAUAUUUUUAAAUGUUUUCUAGUGAAACCUUUUUAUAAGUAGAAUUUAAAGAAAUAAAGUUGCUCAUGUUUCAGAUUAAAUCAUGUGACACUGUGAAACAUUUAGACUAACCUUUCUAUACAACCUCAACCUCGUGAACAAACUAUUUCCUGUUGAUUUGUUUGAUUUCAAAAUAAAAGCUAUUGUUUACA